AGUAACAAAAAAAAAAUGGAGCAAGAGAAAAGCUUGGAUCCACAACUAUGGCACGCUUGUGCAGGAUCAAUGGUUCAAAUCCCUUCAGUGAAUUCAACGGUCUUUUACUUCGCUCAAGGCCAUAGUGAACAUGCUCACGCGCCUCCCGAUUUCCACGCGCCGCGCGUUCCACCGUUAAUCCACUGCCGCGUCGUCGCUGUGAAGUUCCUCGCAGACGCAGAAACGGACGAAGUCUACUCCAAAAUUACGCUUCUGCCACUACCGGGAAACGACAUGGAUCUGGAAAACGACGCCGUUCUCGGUCUGACGCCCUCUCUUGACGGUAGUAACGUUAAGGGUAACGAGAAACCGGCGUCUUUCGCCAAAACGCUGACGCAGUCUGACGCAAACAACGGCGGCGGUUUCUCCGUGCCGCGUUACUGCGCCGAGACGAUUUUCCCGCGGCUCGAUUACACGGCGGAGCCUCCGGUACAGACCGUAAUCGCAAAAGAUAUCCACGGUGAGACCUGGAAAUUCCGGCAUAUCUACAGAGGAACUCCUCGCCGUCAUCUCUUGACCACCGGCUGGAGCACUUUCGUCAACCAGAAGAAGCUAAUCGCCGGCGACUCAAUCGUUUUCCUCCGCUCAGAAUCCGGCGACCUCUGCGUCGGAAUCCGUCGCGCUAAACGCGGCGGUCUCGGAUCCAACGGCCUAGGAUCCGACAACAACAACAGCCCGUACCCCGGAUUCUCAGGCUUCCUGCGCGACGACGAGACAACAACAUCAAAGCUGAUGAUGAUGAAACGCAACGGAAGCGGCGGAAACGACGUGAACGCGGCGGGAGGGAGGGUUAGAGUGGAGGCAGUAGCGGAAGCGGUGGCGCGUGCAGCGUGUGGACAACCGUUUGAGGUGGUUUACUACCCACGCGCGAGCACGCCUGAGUUUUGCGUCAAGGCCUCUGAUGUAAGAUCAGCAAUGAUGAUAAGAUGGUGUAGCGGAAUGCGUUUCAAAAUGGCGUUUGAAACAGAGGAUUCCUCAAGAAUCAGUUGGUUCAUGGGAACCGUCUCCGCCGUUCAAGUCGCUGAUCCAAUCCGUUGGCCUAAUUCCCCAUGGCGUCUCCUUCAGGUAGCUUGGGACGAACCGGAUUUGCUUCAAAACGUGAAACGCGUAAGCCCGUGGCUAGUGGAACUGGUAUCGAACAUGCCAGCAAUACAUUUAUCUCCGUUCUCACCAAGAAAGAAGCUGAGGAUACCACAGCCUUUCGAAUUCCCUUUCGACGGCGGCGCAAAGUUUCCGAUUUUCUCCCCUGGAUUCGCCAAGAACAACGGCGAAUCCAUGUGUUAUCUGUCGAACAACGACAACAACAAUGCUCCUGCAGGGAUACAGGGAGCCAGGCAAGCUCAACAACUCUUCGGAUCACCAUCUCCGUCUUUGUUGUCUGAUCUCAAUCUCAAUAGUUACUCCGGUAACAAGUUACAAUCUUCUUCUCCGGCGAUGUUUUUCUCCGGGAGGCAUCAUUACGAUAGCAUCGUGUCACGUCAGGGUAGGGAUACAGAGUAUAACAAUAGCAUUUCUUGUUCUUUAACUAUGGGGAAUCCCGGUUUAGUUCAGGACAAGAAGAAAUCCGGUUCGGUUAAAAGUCCACAUCAGUUCUUGCUGUUUGGUCAACCUAUUUUGACCGAGCAGCAAGUCAUGAACCGGAAACGGUCUUUGGAGGCGGAGACUGCGGCGCAGGAGGAGAAAUGUUCAGCGGAUCGCGGUUUAACAUGGAAUUACGGUUUACAGGGACUAGAGACCGGUCACUGUAAAGUUUUCAUGGAAUCUGAGGAUGUUGGACGGACGCUAGACCUCUCGGUUAUUGGUUCGUACCAAGAGUUGUACCGGAAAUUGGCUGAGAUGUUUUGUAUAGAAGAGAGGUCCGAUUUGUUGACUCAUGUUGUGUACCGGGACGCAAAUGGUGUUAUCAAACGUAUUGGAGACGAACCUUUCAGUGAUUUCAUGAGAGCGACGAAGCGGCUAACGAUCAAGAUGGAUAUUGGUGGCGACAAUGUGAGAAAGACUUGGAUAACCGGGAUCAGGAAUGGUGAAAAUGGUAUAGACUCUUCUAACAAGACCGGUCCACUCAGCAUCUUCGCUUGA